AGGCGGGCGCGCUCAGGAAUUUUUAAAACACACCCUGCUGUCCUCCCUCACCGUCCGUCCCGCAGCAAGCCGAGGGCGGAAGGUCCGCCUGGGGGCGAUCCGCGGCCACCGGCGCGCAGCAGACACACACAGGCGGGCUCGCCGGCGACGCCCUCCCGGGCCUGCGAACCGCGAAACGGAGGCGGACUGACUCCUCUGGCUUGCCGUAGUCGCCCACGCCUCACGGGGUCCCCGGGACGCGCUGCGGCAGAAGAACAGUCCGGUGCACGACGGACGCCUGCGACGCCAGUCCCGGGGGCAAGAGCAUCAGUUUUAAUCUGGGAAGCCUUUAAAUGAAACUUGCUUAAAAUCUUAGAUCCUACACAGAGGAGAGACCUCAACCAACAGUAAGGUGGAAAAGAGUGAUGUUGUCCUUGACAAACCUGCAGAAUAUCGUCUAUAACCCGGUAAUCCCCUAUGUUGGGACCAUUCCUGGGCAGUUGGAGCCUGGAACUUUGAUUGUAAUACGUGGGCAUGUUCCCUGUGAUUCAGACAGGUUCCAGAUUGAUCUACAGUGCGGGAGCAGCGUGAAGCCGCGUGCCGACGUGGCCUUUCAUUUCAAUCCACGCUUCAAGUGGUCGGACUGCAUCGUGUGCAAUACUCUGAAAAAUGAAAAAUGGGGGUGGGAAGAGAUCACCUACGAUGUGCCUUUCAAAAAAGAAAAAUCUUUUGAAAUUGUGAUUAUGGUGUUGAAAGAUAAAUUCCAGGUGGCUGUAAAUGGGAAACAUAUACUGCUCUAUGCCCACAGGAUUAGCCCAGGGAAAGUAGACACUCUGGGCAUUUAUGGCAAAGUGAAUGUCCACUCAGUUGGUUAUAGCUUCAGCUCGGAUUUCAGAAGUACCCAAGCAUCUACUCUGGAACUGACAGAGAUAAGUAAAGAAAAUGUACUGAAGUCCGACAUGCCACAUUUUCCUAGUAAUAGAGGAGACAUUUCUAAAAUCGUACCCAGAACUGUCUACACCAAGAGCAAAGGUUCGACUGCCCAUCACACUUUGACUUGCGCCAAAAUACUACCUACCAGCUGUUUGUCAAAGACUCUGCCGUUCACUGCGAGGCUGAACUCUUCAAUGGGCCCUGGACGAACCGUCUUCAUUAAAGGAGAAGUGAAUAAAGCUGCCAAAGGCUUUAAUGUUAACCUCGUAUCGGGAAAAUCAAAGGAUAUUGCUCUUCACUUGAACCCACGCCUCAAUAUUAAAGCGUUUGUAAGAAACUCUUUUCUUCACGAGGCCUGGGGAGAAGAAGAGAGAAAUAUUACCUGUUUCCCAUUUAGUCCUGGGAUGUACUUUGAGAUGAUAAUUUAUUGUGAUGCUAGAGAAUUCAAGGUUGCGGUAAAUGGUGUACACAGCCUGGAGUACAAACACAGAUUUAAAGAGCUUAGUGAUAUCGACACACUGGAAAUUGAUGGAGAUAUUCACUUACUGGAAGUAAGGAGCUGGUAGCUGAUAUGCUUGCUACAAAAACUGAAAUACAAAAUGACUUAUGUAACACUGGCCCUGUUAAAAUGCAUCUGUUAUAUUUGUAUAUAUAUAUUAAGAUGAGCUUGUAUAACGUGAAGUCCUACUAGGCGUUCUCACACUGUGUUCCUUGCCACACAGUGUGGCUUUGUCUAUCACAGAAUAAGGAAAUUUGAGGCAACAGCAAUGUACAGUCAUUAUUCAGGUCUUUCUAUUCUCUCUCCCACCCUGGCCUCUUCUUUUUAAAAUCUUCACAUUCAGCAAGUAGCUGUGGGGACAGAAGUAUACAGUGGAGCACAAUAUUCCCUGUUCUCAAGCUCAGAAUCUUCUGUGCUCUGACAUCAUGCCACUGCUUUUCCCACAGGCAGUAGUCACAAAGUAACCAGAGAUAAUUACUCAGCCGUGAAGUCACCUACAUUAACUUAUGAAAUACUACUUUUCCAGCGAUCCCUUUCAUACCUAAAGUUCAAUCACAUCCCAUAAUGGAAAGGACUGAUGUUGCCUUCCAUCUCGCAGUUUCCUUUGGCAUGAUAAAUACCUAGCUUUACUAGCUGUAAGCAUUGCCAAAUAAUUUAACACUACAAAAUCUGAACACAGCGCAAAGACUAAGGCAAAAAAUGCAGCAAAACAAAACCAGUCGUAUUAAAAUUAACCUGGGGCGCCUGGGUG